AUGCGGCUCUGCCCGCCGCCCCAGAACUGGAAGCUGUACACCUCCAUGUCCAUCAACUUGAUGAACUUGCCUCGCGAUAUCACGACCUGGGAUAUCUGGCGUGCGAUGGAGUCGCGGGCAACCCUCAUCAUGAUCGACAUCACGGAGAAUAGGGACUGUUGGAGGGCGCGGGUCAGGAUGGAGCCGCCCAACCCCGGAAAUCUGCCUUGGGCCGACAACGGCUUCCUGAGGAUCCCCAUGGGCAAGGGGUCCGUCUGCACCGUCAGGGUCGAGAUUAAUCCCUACGGCUUUUACGAGGGAGAGUCCACUACCAGUCCGCUCAACCGCGCGGUGCCCGGCGACGUCAAGCUCGCCCCCGCGGCCAUCAGGUUCGGCCUCAUGAUUGCCAAGAACAAGAUGAUGAUCCGGACAGCCAUCCGACCGCUGCCUGCCGGAAAUCCCUUCAAGAUUGUGUUCAACUUCAAGGCCCGGUGUGUCACGCUUCAGUUCUCGGUUGCCCUCCACGAGGAGGAGGGGACCACGAGCAUCCGCCGCCUCCACGAAUACAAGAUCGAUAUGCGCUUCGGUGACAUCAGCAAGCUCCUGCGUGUUGACCAGGAAAAUGACAUGUGCAACAUCAUCAUUCCCCUCGAGUAUCCACCCGUCUUCUACCGCGAGGUUGAGAACAAGCGGGACACCCACACCGAGGAGCGCAAGCUGUGGACCGAGUACGACAUGUGGUGGCGUCAGUGCAAUAUCAUGGACGACCCGAGGCUGAUGAGGGAUACCCCUCUCAGCCUCAACGAGGAGCAUCGCCAGGUCAUCGACCUUGGCCGCUGGACCACGUACUGCAUCGAGCUCCCCAAGGGUGAGUGGAGCCUCAUCGAGGGCUACCUGGGCGACUUCAACAUUAAGACGCACCCCGAGACCGAUUUCCAGUUCUCGGCACCACAAGACGACCCGGUGGUCAUGUGGAAGCAUCUCGACAGGCCGGCCGAGCUUGACCAGGGUGGACACAUGCUGCAGAUUCUCAGUGACUCGGAGCGGAUCAAUCUCCCUUGGGAGGUCCGGUAUCAGCUUGAAGUAUGCAUCUCUCGCCGCCACCUCCUCGAGUCCAGCAUCACGCUCGAGUUCCUCCAACAGCUGUCGAAGAUGACACCUCGCGAGGCCAGGAUGGUGCUCGAGUAUCCCAUCGACCGUCGCGUCAAGUUCUAUGACCCGAUGCUGCUGCUACAAGAGGCCCGAGAAGCCAGAUACGCCCCAGACGUGCAUCCAGAGCUGCUCCCGGAGUACUGCAUUCUGAUGCGCAAGGCCAUCGUCACGCCCUCGACCGUCUACCUCAACUCGCCCACUGUCGAGACCACGAACCGUGUUCUGAGGCACUACUAUGACUUCCGCGAUCGGUUCAUGCGGAUCCAGUUCACCGACGAGCUGCACCGCGGGCGCAUCAACGCCACGCAGGACCAGCGCGUGAACGACGAGCUGUACACGCGCGUCUACAGGGUCCUGCGGAACGGCAUCUUUAUUGGAGACCGCCACUAUCAGUUCCUGGCGUUUGGAAACUCGCAGAUGCGGGAGAGCAGCGCCUACUUCUUUGCUGCCGUCGGCGACGUCACGUGUGACAGCAUCCGGGCCUGGAUGGGCGACUUCCGUCACAUCCGCAACGUCGGCAAGUAUGCGGCCCGGCUCGGGCAGUGCUUUUCCACCACGCGCAACAUCGACAGUACGUCGGUUCAGUGGAUCAAGUCGAUCCCAGACAUUGAAGAAAAUGGAUAUUGCUUCUCGGAUGGCGUCGGCAAGAUAUCCCAGUUUUGGUCGACCCGCAUCUCCCAGAGGCUCAGCCUGAACACGUACCCCUCGGCCUUCCAGUUCAGGAUGGGCGGUCGCAAGGGUAUCUUGACCGUGUGGCCCGACGUCAAGGGCAUGGAUAUCCAUGUUCGGCCCUCGCAGGAGAAGUUCCAGACAGAGCACAGCCGCCUCGAAGUCAUCCGGUGCUCCCAGUACGCUGUCGCCACGCUCAACCGCCAGACCAUCCCCAUUCUGUCGGCGCUGGGCAUCGAGGACCAUGUGUUCGAGGACAUGCUCGCGGAUCAGCUUGCAAGCUACGACAAGGCCAUGGAGGACCCCGUCGCGGCCAUGUCGCUGCUGAACCUCUACGUGGACGAGAAUCAGAUGACGAAAGCGCUCUCGCAGCUUAUCAUGGCGGGACUCAUGAAAUCCCAGGAGCCGUUCGUGUGGACAAUGCUGCGGCUUUGGCGAACAUGGUCGAUAAAGUCUCUAAAGGAAAAAGCCCGCAUAGUCGUCGAGAAGGGCGCCUUCGUGCUGGGCUGCGUGGACGAGACGGGCAAGCUCCGCGGACACUACGCCCGGGUCAAGACUCACCCCGACCAGCGGCCCCGGCUCAAUCACUCGGAACUGCCGCAGAUCUUCCUACAGGUCCCGGACGGCCCCAACGGACUCUACAAGGUCGUCACCGGCACCUGCGUUGUCGGGCGCAACCCCUCGCUCCACCCGGGAGACCUCCGCAUCGUCGAGGCGGUCGACGUGCCCGAGCUCCGGCAUCUCAGGGACGUGGUCGUGUUCCCCAAAUCAGGCGACAGGGACAUCCCCAGCAUGUGCUCGGGCGGCGAUCUUGACGGGGACGACUACUUCAUCAUCUGGGACGAGCGGCUGGUGCCCCCGCCCGAGGAGCGCAGCUAUCCGCCGAUGAACUACGAGGCCGAGAAGAGCCUGGACCCCGACCGCGACGUCACGGCCGACGACCUGCGGCGGUUCUUUGUCCUCCACAUGAAGAACCACUCGCUCCCCACCAUCGCGCACGCGCACCUGGCGCAUGCCGACUGCCUGGGCGUCAAGAGCGAGGUCUGCAUCGAGCUGGCGAGGCUGCACUCGCAGGCCGUCGACUACCCCAAGACGGGCAUCCCGGCCGUGGUCCGGCGCGGCCUCAUUCCCAAGCAGUACCCCCACUUCAUGGAGAAGAGCACGCGCCGGACCUACCACUCGGGCCGGAUCCUCGGCAAGCUCUACGACAAGGUGCACCAGGCCACCUUUGACCCGGCCUACGAGAUGGUGUUCGACUCCAGGAUCCUCAACAAGUAUAAGCUGGACGCGGCCACUUUGCGGAAGGCGCGCCAGAUGAAGACUAAGUACGACCAGGCCAUGAGGCGCAUCAUGGGCCAGGGCGACAUCGGGACCGAGUUCGAGGUCUUUUCCUCCUUUGUCCUCUCGCGUCCGCGCGUGGGCAACGCGUACAAGCACCAGGAGAACGUGGGCCGCGAGUCCGCCACCCUCAAGUCGCUCUUCCGCACAAAGUGCAUCGAGGCCGCGGCCGAGCUCGCCGAGGGCGACGACGCCAAGGGCGGCGGCGGCGUCAAGAUACCGCCCAGCCUGCUGCGCCACAACCUCGACGUGAUGGGCCCCUUCGUCGUCGCCAUGUACAGGGUCACGGACGAGGAGGUCCGGAUCGCGCUGCACGAGUGCAAGUCCCGCGGCGCGCGGCCGAACCCCAAGUCGAUGCCGCUCAUCACCUUCCCCUGGAUCUUCGACACGGUCCUGACGGAGAUCGCGACCAGCGUGGGCAACAAGCCCCCCUCCGCCGACGCCAGCGCCGGUACAGGCACCACCACCACCGCGGGCACCACCGCAGCCACCGCCGACUUCGGAGGCUUGAAGAAGGUCGAGCUCUCCGUCCGGCUCCACGGCCUCGACGAGAAGGACAUUUUGGAGAUGGACUACGUUCGGUGCAGGGACGGGCGCGUGGUCCACCGCGGCGUCAUCCUCGACCUCUUCCAUGCGGACGAGGACGGCUACAUGGAGGAGCACGACCCGGACUUUAUGGCCUUGCAAGAUGGAGGGGACGAGGCGGUUGCGGUUGACAUGCCCCUGAUUGACCUAUCAGAGGAGAAGACCGAACUGCCUCAAGUCGACCUAUCAGAAGAGAAGGCCGAGCUGCCCCUCCUGGUCGACUUGGCCGAAGCCGCCCCGGCCGACUCUGGUGCGGAUACCCCGGCCGAGCCGUCCGAGAACGACCUCGCUUCACUCCGCGACAUUUCUGGGCGAAGCGGCGUUGGCAGUGCAGGCGCCACGGGGGCAGACCUGCCACGCCACCUCGACGUCAACAACGAUAACAGACACUCGUGGGGUGGCCAGAACCCGACCCAGCCGGUCCCGGCGCGACCCCAUUUUCUGAGCCUUGCCGCCCCGCCCUUCAAGCGGCCGACGAGGCCGCCCAGGGCGAUCCACGUCGACGCGGACAGGCCCAGGCACUCUACCAGCUUAUUCAGACUGAACUACGACGAUGAUGAUGACGCCACCGUCUAUGAUGACGCGCCAGCGACGACUGGUGGUAGGCGGGGCGGUGGCGGUGGCGGUGGCGGUGGCGGCGGCGGCGGCGGCGAUGGUGCCGCCCUUGACAGGGAGAAAGCGCGCGUCGUUCCUAGCCGUGGCUCGGUUGGCGGCCUACCCGCGGCCGUCGAGGCGACUGCAACUUGGGUCCAGGCCCAGCCUCAGCCCCAGCCCCAGGAGCAGAAAGGCAACUCCGCCGUAAAGGACGCCACGACGCCCAGCAUCGACCAGGACGAUACGGACGAUCGCUACUUCAAGCGGGACGUCGUCGUGGUCAGGCGGAAGACGGCGCUGAGCCGCCUCGGCAUAUUUGCCGAGACUGGUUCUGAGUGAGCUGGCGCCACUGGCCGAACCCCCCUCCUCCCUCUCAUCACUCCCC